AUGGCCGAUGAUGGAGUCAAUCCGAAGGCCUAUCCACUCGCUGACACCCAACUUUCACAGAAGCUUCUGGACCUUGUUCAGCAGGCUAUGAACUACAAGCAGCUUAAAAAGGGGGCCAAUGAAGCUACUAAAACUUUGAAUAGAGGAAUAGCUGAG